CAGACUUCCGUGUUUGCAGGGAGCACACCUGCAGCUCCGCGGGCCUGCCCGACAGCGAUCCGGCGUGAGGCAAAGCCUUGCGUCCCAUCUGAUGUUAGCGUGUCCCCGUCCAAGUUUUUAAAUUCUUGGGGGCGGGGGUCCCAGACUAAGGAACAAGUUUGCAAGUACAGAAAGUGGCCGCGCAGCGAGCGCCGAGCGUGACGAGAGUAAUUUCUUCUUUGAGAAACGUGAGACGUGGGUGUUGGCUCCAUUGCUCAGGUGCCCGCAGGCUCCGAGCCUGUCCCCCCCCACCCCCCGUGUUUUGAGCGGGUUCUGGCAGCUUUGGGGUGCUCGCUGGCGCCCAGCGUACCGGAGGGUUUGUGAGGGCGCGUUCACCGGGUCGGCGCCGACCAGCACUUGAGUGGUGACUGCUGGCCCUCCUUCAGGAUGGCGACUUCAGGAGCGCUGUUUCCAAGCCUGGUGCCAGGCUCCCGUGGGUCCUCCAACAAGUAUUUGGUGGAGUUUCGGGCAGGAAAAAUGUCGUUAAAAGGAACAACUGUCACCCCAGACAAAAGAAAAGGGCUCGUGUACAUUCAGCAGACGGAUGACUCCCUCAUUCACUUCUGCUGGAAAGACAGGACGUCUGGGAACGUGGAAGACGAUUUGAUCAUCUUCCCUGACGACUGUGAGUUCAAGCGCGUGCCGCAGUGCCCCAGCGGGAGGGUCUACGUGCUCAAGUUCAAGGCAGGGUCCAAACGGCUCUUCUUCUGGAUGCAGGAGCCUAAGACGGACCAGGACGAGGAGCAUUGCCGGAAAGUCAACGAGUAUCUGAACAACCCACCGAUGCCCGGAGCACUGGGGGCGAGCGGGAGUGGAGGCCACGAGCUGUCUGCCCUGGGCGGCGAGGGCGGCCUGCAGAGCCUGCUGGGGAACAUGAGCCACAGCCAGCUCAUGCAGCUCAUCGGACCCGCCGGCCUCGGAGGACUGGGUGGGCUGGGGGCCCUGACUGGACCAGGCCUGGCCAGCUUACUGGGGAGCGGAGGGCCUCCGGCAAGCAGCUCCUCAUCCAGCUCCCGGAGCCAGUCAGCAGCGGUGACCCCGUCCUCCACCGCCUCUUCUGCCCGAACCACCCCAGCCCCUUCUGCUCCAGCAGCUGCCUCGGUGACCAGCCCGAGUCCCACGCCCAAUCCAGUUGACCUGGCCAGUGUCUUGACGCCCGAGAUCAUGGCACCUAUCCUCGCCAAUGCGGACGUCCAGGAGCGCCUGCUACCCUACCUGCCCUCUGGGGAGUCACUGCCACAGACCGCAGAGGAGAUCCAGAACACACUGACUUCCCCCCAGUUCCAGCAGGCCCUGGGCAUGUUCAGUGCGGCCUUGGCCUCAGGGCAGCUGGGCCCCCUCAUGUGCCAGUUUGGCCUGCCUGCAGAGGCUGUGGAGGCCGCCAACAAGGGUGAUGUGGAAGCUUUUGCCAAAGCGAUGCAGAACAGUGCCAGAUCGGAGCAGAAGGAGGGCGAUGGGAAGGACAAGAAGGACGAAGAAGAGGACAUGAGCUUAGAUUAAGUUAUUUGCUGUCUUUUACGGGCGGGGCUCCUGGCUGUGUGGACGAGCAGUGUGUUUGUGGGCCGUCGCACACCCUCACACCUCUGUUCUAACUUGCUAAUAAAUAAAACUGUUUUCUUUUAUCUGCCAA